AUGUUGUAUCCUCUUUUUUUUCUGGAUGCAGAUAAAAUUGCCAUGGAAAAGUGUGAAAGUGUAGUUGUAGUUUCAGCAAUAUUCAAUGACCACGACAAGAUCCGACAACCUAGGGGUCUUGGGUCGGAAACACUAGAAAAUGUCUGCUUCUUCAUGUUGAUAGAUGAUGUUACCCUGAAAGGGCUUGAAUAUGAUGGCUUAAUCUCAACAUAUUCCAAUGGAUACAAGAUAGGUGUGUGGAGAAUUGUGAAGGUUACGAAAGAGGAUUUGUAUGAGAAACCAGCAAUGAAUGGUGUUAUACCAAAAUAUUUAGUUCAUAGGCUUUUCCCAAAUUCCCAAUUCAGUGUUUGGAUAGAUGCAAAGCUGCAACUGAUGGUUGAUCCAUUGCUGCUCAUUCAUUCACUUGUUAUAUCUCAGAAUGCAGACAUGGCUAUAUCAAAACACCCACAUUUUGUUCAUACCAUGGAAGAAGCAAUGGCCACUGCAAGAUGGAAGAAAUGGUGGGAUGUCAAUGCCUUGAAGAUGCAGAUGGAGACCUACUGUGAAAAUGGAUUGCAGCCAUGGACUCCCAUCAAAAUGCCAUAUUCCUCAGAUGUGCCAGACAGUGCACUGAUCCUGAGGAAGCAUGGACUAAGAAGUAAUCUAUUCUCAUGUCUUAUAUUCAAUGAGUUGGAGGCUUUUAACCCAAGAGAUCAAUUAGCUUUUGCAUUUGUUAGAGAUCACAUGAACCCCAAGUUGAAGCUGAACAUGUUUGAGGUUGAAGUUCUUGAACAAGUGACUAUGGAGUACAGGCACAAUCUCAAGCCAAGUGAUGUGUCCUUUGCCAAAAAGUCAUCUAUGACAACAAAAACUAUAAGGGCACAACCAGAUUUGUUGGAUCAAAAUGGAAGCUGUAGCAGCAAGUGCCAGCAGUAUCUUGCCACCAUGUGGGGGUCUCACCAAUAAUGCCCCAAAACCAAAGAAUGAAUAAUUGUUUGAUAAAGGAGGUUCAAGAAACAAAUCAAAGAUAAAAUGGAACUUCAUAAUUUUAUUUUAUUUUUAUAACAAAAUGUUGUCCAUAAAAUAAAGGAAAAGAAAAAUUCUUGUAUUAAGAAAGAAAAACUGAUAAUUUGUUACAGUUUAACGAGACCA